AUGCCGAGGGCUCUCAAUCUCGUUUCAGAUUCCGUUUUACACCUCGCUCCAAAUGGCGUGAGUACGGAGGGAUUGCCUCGGGGCGGGGGGUACCGGCUCAGUUUUCGAAAUUGUGCCCCAAAACCGAUCGUCUGCGUGGCUAAGAAGAGGAACCGAAAUGAGGUUGGAAGAUCUGCCAAACUCAUAAUCGGAUCGGCCUGCAUAAUCGCCUCGAAGCUGAGGCUUUUUCCGGAGCCCGUAGAGCUUAUUUUGAGGGAAUUCGGGGGAGGGAAUGGAGGACGGAAUGGAAUCUGGAAUCGAUUUGGGGGAGGUGGGUACGGCUCCAACGGUGGGAAUUCGAGGAGAAUGAAAUUCAAAAUUCUAGGGAUUUUGGUAAUUUCCGUGGUCGCGGUAGGGUUUUGGUCAGUAAUUGGGAAAGAACUAGGGUUUGAUGCUGAUGCUUUCUUGGGGGGUUUAGGUUUGUUUCUUUUGGGACUUUCAGUGGGAGUGUGGAAAAGUGGUGCUAGGGAUUGGAUUUUGGGUUUCUGUUGCUGUGCUGUUGUAAUGUUGGCGUCGAAGAGGGAUAAAUUUCGAAAGUUGUUUGGAAGUUUUGUGAGAGUGAAGAAGAAUAGUAGAAGAAAAAUAAGAGUGUUGUAA